UAGCACCCAAUGACCAUUAGCCAACUCGGAGAUAUGACGCAGGCUCCACGCUAUUUCUUAUUCCUCAAAAACAAAACUGAGUUUGAGAGUUUAGACAUUUACUUUAGACCUCGGAAGCUUCCAAUUUCUUAAAAUUCGAAGAGAGUCCUAUAUCGAAACCUUUGUCUGUCUCAGCAGAACGUUCAUCAUCAGCUCUCUCUCUGUCUCUCUCUCUUUGAAAAGAAGGAUUUAGGCUGUCACCAUGAAAGCACUAAUUCUUGUUGGAGGGUUUGGAACAAGGUUGAGGCCUUUGACCCUCAGUGCACCAAAGCCGCUGGUUGAAUUUGCCAACAAACCCAUGAUACUGCAUCAGAUUGAAGCUCUCAAAGCUAUUGGAGUGACUGAAGUGGUUUUGGCCAUCAAUUACCAACCAGAGCUUAUGCUGAAUUUCUUAAAAGAAUUUGAGAAAAAGCUUGAAAUCAAGAUCACCUGCUCACAGGAGACUGAGCCCCUUGGUACAGCAGGUCCUUUAGCUCUAGCAAGGGAUAAAUUGAUAGAUGGCUCUGGCAAGCCUUUCUUUGUCCUUAACAGUGAUGUUAUAAGUGAGUACCCGCUAAAAGAAAUGAUUGAAUUCCACAAAAGUCAUGGUGGGGAAGCUUCAAUUAUGGUUACUAAGGUGCAUGAGCCGUCAAAAUAUGGUGUGGUGGUUACAGAAGAAACAACCGGGAAAGUAGAAAAAUUUGUAGAGAAACCAAAAAUAUUUGUGGGCAACAAGAUCAAUGCUGGAAUCUACCUGUUGAACCCCUCUGUUCUUGAUCGGAUUGAAUUGAGGCCCACUUCAAUUGAAAAGGAGGUGUUUCCUAAGAUUGCAGCAGAGAAAAAGCUUUAUGCUAUGCUCUUACCUGGGUUUUGGAUGGACAUUGGACAGCCAAAAGAUUACAUUACAGGCCUAAGACUGUACCUGGAUUCCUUGCGGAAAAAAUCCUCACCAAAAUUGGCCAAGGGAUCUCACAUUUUAGGAAAUGUCCUUAUAGAUGAGACUGCUGUAAUUGGGGAUGGUUGUCUUAUUGGACCUGAUGUAGCCAUUGGUCCAGGAUGUGUAAUUGAGCCAGGGGUUAGGCUCUCAUGCUGUACUUUAAUGCGUGGAGUUCGAAUCAAGAAGCAUGCUUGCAUCUCCAGUAGUAUCAUUGGAUGGCAUUCCACUGUUGGGAGGUGGGCUCGAGUAGAGAACAUGACAAUCUUAGGAGAAGAUGUUCAUGUAGGUGAUGAGAUUUACAGCAAUGGGGGCGUUGUCCUGCCUCAUAAGGAGAUUAAAUCUAGCAUUUUGAAACCAGAGAUUGUUAUGUGAGAAUUAAUGUGAGAUAUGGUUCAGGCAUCUACCAUGUUCAGUAUAUUAACUUGAUUUUGAAAGAGUUUUAACUCUUUUUUAAA